ACACACCUACACCCCUCUCUCACCUUUCUCAACGUCUACACUAGCAUUGCAAUCUGGUCUGUGUGCCAUGAUGAGGAGACACGCUCUAGCCGGCGGAGGAGGCCUCCUGAGCCUCGGCAUGGUAUGGAGCCAGGCUAUGUGCGCAAAGGCGAGCAACGGACACAGUCACCACUCGGCCUUCGCCUCCGCCCCGCCGCGGCCUUCUGGAAGUUCCGCCGUUGGCGUUGGUGCUGGUGCUGCCUUUGGCGAUCGUGCUAGUAGCGCGGGGGUUGACGCAGGGACGAAGGGGAUUCGGCGCGGCAGCCAUCAGAGGAGGCUUUGUGGCGGGGGUGACGACGAGGACGGGGGAGCGCGGGCUGGAAGGCGUGAUCACUCUCAGCUUAUCUUCGUGGGGGCGGGGUCCAGCACGGCCGUACCUAGCGCCUUUCUCCUUCUCCACCCGGAGCUGGACACUAAGCAGACAGCGAUCGCUCAGCUAUCGGUGGCGACACCACCAGAAGUAAACAAAAACUACAGGGGCAACACGUCCGUGCUCGUGAGAAUAGCCAAGGAGAGGCGGAUCACUCCCAACAGCGACAGCGACGGCGAUAGUGAUGGGCAGUCACAAGCGGAAGAGGUCACGCGUGAGGGGCGGAGCAACACGCAAGUCAAGCACGUGCAGAUAGACACAGGGAAGACAUGGCGGGAAGGCGCCAUCAGAUGGUUCCCGAGGCACGGGGUGCGUGGAUUGGACGGGAUCGUCUUGACGCACGAUCAUGCGGACGCCAUGCUUGGCCUUGACGAUGUUCGGAGCAUACAGGACUCAAGGAAGCGAACUCCAACACCUGUCCACGUGUCCGAAAGAACCGACCGGUCUGUACGAAGGGUUUUUCCCUACUUGGUGGGCCGUGAGGAUGACAACGGGGCGGGCGGGAGGUUCGUGGCGGCCUUGAACUUCAACGUCUUUCAAGAUUUCCAGCCGUUCGAGGUUGGAGGGUUGGAAAUCACUCCGUUUCCGGUGAUGCACGGAGAGGACUACGUCUCCCACGGGUUUCUGUUCGGUCCAGAAGGGAACAAGAUCUGCUACAUCUCCGACGUCAGCCGAGUGCCGCCGGAGAGCAUGGAGUUUUUGGAGAAACACGGACCAAUGCAGCUGCUGGUCUGCGAUGCUCUCAUGGUGUCCAAGAAGCACCGCACUCACUUCUGGUGA